AUGUCCAAGCAGAUUACUUUUGAUCAUUCAGCAGCUGACUUUCUUGUCGGAAAACAACUUCCACUCUUGGCGGAAUCACUGCAAGCGGCUCGUGACGAUGCCUAUGCCGAUGUCGAGUUGCUGAGAUCAGGUCAAGAGAUUCCCGACGCAAAGCAGCCGCUUGAUAGUGGAUUUAUCGAUCUGCCACAGCGGUUGCUCGCGGGUGAAGAUGGCUUACUAGAGAGCAUGCUCAGCUCUGCGAAAACUCUUCAGGAGCAAAUUGACAGUCUGGUGGUGCUGGGAAUCGGUGGCUCAUACAUGGGAUUGCGAGCGCUGUUUGAAGCGUUGUGUGAUCCUUACCACAACGAACUCCUUCGAGAACAGCGAGGAGAUGUCCCAAAGCUCUACUUUGAGGGAAACAAUCUCGACAACGACACAAUGAAUUCAUUGCUUGGCUUACUAAAGAGCCAAUGUCAGAACCCCAAAGAGUUACUUGAACGCUGGGGAAUUGUUGUUAUCAGUAAGUCUGGUGGGACUCUGGAAACAGCAGCGGCAUUUCGAGUUUUCCGUAAUGCCUUAGAAGAGUAUUACGGAGCCGAUUCAGAAGAAGCAUGCAAGUUUGUAAUUCCGGUCACAGGAGAAGAGGGGAAGCUGCGCGACCUGUCGAAAUCGCUCGGCUACGAAACAACGUUCCCUAUUCCAGAUGGUGUUGGAGGACGGUUUUCUGUCUUCACGGCUGUCGGUCUGUUUCCAGCUGCGGUCUUAGGGAUGGACAUCACAGCGAUGCUGCAAGGGGCAGCUGACAUUACUGAAACCUGCCGCACGAAGCCGUUAGGUGAAAACCCGGUUUUGGAUUACAUUGCAGUCAACCACUUGUUGGAACGAGACCAUGGCAUGGAUAUGCGGGUCCUCUCGACUUGGGGGAAUCGACUGGAGGCGGCUGGAUUCUGGUACGAUCAAUUACUGGCUGAGAGCCUCGGCAAGGCAGAGCGGGGAGCGACACCACUCACCGUCGUGAACACCCGAGACCUGCAUAGCCGUGGCCAACAGCACCAGGAAGGGAAACGUGAUCGCGUCAUCAACAAUCUGGUCAUUGAAGAAUUUGCGAGCGACAAUGUCUCUCUCCCAGAAAUGCCUGCUGAUCAGGACCAGGAUCAACUGAAUCGUAUCGCAGGGAAGUCU